AUGCUUUUGAUGAAUGAUUCCCAUCCAUUUGUCUUCAUCUUACUUGGGAUUCCAGGUCUAGAAAACAUCCAGAGUUGGAUUUCCAUCCCCUUCUGUUGUAUGUACAUUAUUGCCUUCUUCGGGAAUAUUGUCAUCCUACUUAUCAUCAGAUCUGAGAAGAGUCUUCAUGAGCCCAUGUUCUUCUUUCUGUCCAUGUUAUCUAUGACAGAUAUGGUUCUGUCAUCUUCCACCCUUCCUAAAAUGUUGGGGAUAUUCUGGUUUAAUCUACGGGAGAUCUGUUUUGAUGCUUGUUUAACUCAAAUGUUUAUCAUCCACUCCUUUACUGCCAUGGAAUCAGGGUUUUUCUUGGCUAUGGCAUUUGACCGAUUUGUGGCCAUAUGUAACCCCCUGAGGCACUCGUUUAUUUUAUGCAGAAAGAACGUUCUUGUAGUUGGGAUUUCUGUGGUAUUUCGAGGUCUGGUAUUUUUCUUACCUCAUCCAUUCAUUGUAAGAAGCUUGACUUUUUGUCAAACCAAUAUCAUCCCUCACACUUACUGUGAGUUUAUGGCUGUCAUAAAGCUGACAUGUGGAGACUCAUCCAUGACCAAGUCCUACAGCUUGACUGUGGCCUCUUUGAUGGGUGUUUUCGAUCUUCUAUUGACAAUCAUGUCAUAUGCUUUAAUCCUUCAUACAGCCCUCAAUCUUCCCACCAAGCAGGCUGGUCUCAAAGCCCUCAGCACAUGUACUUCCCACAUUUUAGUCAUCUUAGUUUUCUAUACCACGGCCACAUUCACUUUUGUCACCCAUCGAUUUGGCCACAAUAUUCUGCCACAGAUCCACAUCAGUAUUGCCAAUAUUUACCUUUUGGUUCCACCAAUGUUAAACCCUCUUAUUUAUGGAGUAAGGACUAAGAAGAUUCGACAGAGGAUUGUCCAUGUGUUUUACUCUGCAGGUGUCUAA